AUGUGGCUGGUUCAAUGCGACAAGUAUGCAGCCUGGAAGACCGAGGAGAACUCGUUUAUAUGGCUCUACGGAAUCCCAGGGUGCGGCAAGACAAUCCUCAGCUCGACCGUCAUUGAGGACUUGGGACGGAGCGAGCCUUCUUCUCUGUCCUUCCUUUAUCACUACUUCGAUUUUAGCAAUGUACGAAAGCAGUCUCGUGAGAACGCGGUCCGUUCGCUCAUUAGCCAGCUUUACGACAAGAAGCCAAACGUUCGAGAACACCUAGACUCACUGCACACCUCCUGCCAUAGCGGCAACCAACAGCCGAGCGAUCAAGCGCUACGUAGGGCGUUCCAGAGCAUGAUCCAGGAUACCGGCGAGAUUUGGAUCGUUCUUGAUGCACUUGACGAGUGCCAGAAUCGGAAUGAGUAUUCGGAUCUGAGCCUACUCGAGUGGUUCGAAUUUCUUCAAGGGGAGCAAGGCAAUGUGCACCUGCUUGUCACGAGCCGCCCAGAGCAAGACAUUGAAUCGGCCAUCGACAGAUAUCGGGGUAGCAUUAAACAUUCAAUCUCGAUCCAAAGCGACUUGGUGAAAGGGGACAUCAAAGCUUAUAUCCGUGCAAGGCUCAUAGGUAACAGUGAACUACGCAGAUGGCGGUCAAACAUACCUGUGCAAAAUGAGAUUGAAGCGGUCCUGAUAGAGAAGGCUGACGGAAUGUUUCGCUGGGUACAAUGCCAGCUUGAUGACCUAGAACAUCGUUUUACCCGUCGAUCUGUGAGAACAGCUCUUGCGUCGCUACCAAGGACUUUAGACGAUACGUACGCACGGAUCCUACAGAACAUACCCGAAGACUAUAGGGAGCAUACGAAGCGAAUGCUACAAUUCCUGACCUAUUCCGAGCAUCCCAUGACAUUCCGUGAGCUUGUCGACGCUCUUGCGGUUGAGGUGGAGCCGAGGCGUUCAUUUGACCCAACCGACAGGAUGCCUGACCCGGCGGAGGUCACGAGAUAUUGUUCCAGCCUGGUCAUGGUCAUCUCAGGAGAUAAGCUUCCUUUUUCCAUUCGUUUUCCGAUGUCGAGCCGUCUCAGCACGAGCACGUAUACUAGAAGUAUCGAAUGGGAUACAGACGACUUUUGGGAAAAUGAGAUCCAGCUUUCUCACUUUUCCGUAAGGGAGUAUCUCACCUCAGAGAGACUUCCAGAAUACUUAGCCAAGGACCUUGAAAACAUCGCUGCCAGGGCUGCUAUUGUCCAGGUCAGCCUAGCAUAUCUCCUGGGCAUCGACCACAACCGUUCAAGAAGGAAGAUCGCGCGGAAAUUCCCGUUUGCUGACUAUGCGGCACGAUACUGGGCAAGCCAAGCGGCGAUGGUGGAGGCAUUCAGUCAGGAGACGCGACGGCUUAUACAAUAG